GGCACCCAGAGGGGACAAUACAGGGCGAGGGACUGCCAGGGGAGGCGAGGGCUGCAGACAGAGCCAAGCGCACGGGGAGCUGAGCGAGUCGGGUGCCAUGGGUCUGUUGGAGUGCUGUGCCCGCUGCCUCAUCGGGGCACCCUUUGCCUCGCUGGUUGCCACCGGGCUCUGCUUCUUUGGAGUUGCGCUGUUCUGUGGCUGUGGGCACGAAGCCCUCACUGGCACCGAGCAGCUCAUUGAGACCUACUUCUCCAAAAACUACCAGGACUACGAGUAUCUCAUUGAUGUCAUCCACGCUUUUCAGUACGUCAUCUAUGGCACAGCUUCCUUCUUCUUCCUCUACGGAGCCCUGCUGCUGGCCGAAGGCUUCUACACCACCGGCGCCGUCCGGCAAAUCUUCGGGGACUACCGGACCACCAUCUGCGGCAAGGGCCUCAGCGCAACGGUAACUGGGGGCCCGAAAGGGAGGGGAGCGCGAGGCCCCCAGCGAGCUCACUCUUUGCAGCGGGUGUGUCAGUGUUUGGGAAAGUGGCUAGGACAUCCUGACAAGUUUGUGGGCAUUACCUAUGUCCUGACCAUCGUCUGGCUCCUGGUCUUCGCCUGCUCCGCCGUGCCCGUCUACAUCUACUUUAACACUUGGACCACCUGCCAGUCCAUCGCCAACCCCACCAAGACCACUGCCAGCAUUGGCACGCUGUGCGCGGAUGCCAGGAUGUACGGUGUCCUGCCCUGGAAUGCGUUUCCUGGGAAAGUGUGUGGCUCCAACCUGCUCUCCAUCUGCAAGACCAGCGAGUUCCAAAUGACUUUCCACCUCUUCAUUGCGGCCUUUGUGGGGGCUGCCGCCACGCUGGUCUCACUGCUCACCUUCAUGAUCGCCGCCACUUACAACUUCGCCGUCCUCAAGCUGAUGGGCCGGGGCACCAAGUUCUAGCCGGCGAGGUGGAGCCCAGCCAGACACGCACCCUCCUUUCCUCUAACCCCGAGGCUUUAACACUGCAGCCACCCGACACCAGGUCUCCUGCCUUAACGCUGCCUUCGCCGCUGACUCCCCUCCUCUUCCUCCCUCGCAUCCAUCGUGCUGAGCGUGACCAGGAAGAGCUUCUCACCAAUGGACGCCUCUUCAUGCACUUUUCUCUCUGUGCUCAUCCAUAACCGGUUCGCUCUAGGGCCAAAACCAGCAAGAGAAGAGGAGGGACUCACUCCGGUGUCCCAACGUUGCCUAUAGGGAUGAGCAAAAGCCUUCACGCUCCUGGGAGGCAGAAAUCCAUGUGUAGGUUGCUCCAGGAGUAGCGUGAAGGAGGCUCCCUAGAGAGAAAAGGAAGUUGGCCGGGUCCCGGUCCCAUUGCUGGAGCCUCUCCUGGAGCUGACUGCCGGCACCUCUCCUGGAUGGAGGAUGAGAAGGAUUUUUUUUUCCCCUAGUAAAGAAAGAUGAAUUUACCCCAAAGUGCCCGCUGCAGACAAGGCAAAGGGAGUUUAGGGCAAGGAUCUUCCCAUUGCGGAGAAGAGAGCGCUGACCCCGAUGCUGAUAAAGCCCAUGUCCCUAACCCAGCUGCUCCUAUUAAAGCCUGGAGGAGUUUGGUGUCUGUAUGCAAAGGGCACCCUCGGCUUUAGGCUCCAGCACCGCAGUGCCGGGUGAGGGGACCGCCUGUGCUGUGCUACAGAGCAGAGCUGGAGCAGCCCCUUUGUAGCACAGGAUAACCCACGGACGGCCCAUCUGCUCCAAACUCAGCCAUUCCUUCACAAUGGUGCUCUUCUCUCGGGGUGACAUUUGCUUCUGUAACGUUUGCUGUGCCUGCAGUCUCCGUUUUCGUUCCACAUUCGCCCUCCCCACCAACGGGUGCCCCGCUCUGCUCCCCCCAUCCCACCCCGCCUUGUGCUAACGCUUUGUGUUUAUUUAUUGGAGAAACUACUUUUAAUGGCAGACCAUCGCUCCAUCCUGCACGGAUAUUUUAUUUUAUUAUUGUUUUGGUUGUUUUUUUUUUUAAUUUAAUUGUCUGUAUUACGAUGAUUCUGUCGGCUGGGGGCAGGGAUAACGGGUCGGUCUGCUGAGCAGAGCGCUCCGAGGAUCCUUGCUGCCCAGCACUGAGCUCAGCCAUGCUACCAACGCACACGGGCUGGGGAGGGGGAGAUGGGGAGAAACCAGGCAAGAUCUGGGGGGGGGUCCAUUUCACAUCACCACCGUCGCUCUUGGGAGGGUUUGCUGGUGGGUUUUUGGUAUCGAUUUAACAACAAAUAACCGGGUCCUCCUUCCCACCCUUGCCCCCAGACCCCAAACAAACACACACACACACACACGCACACACACACACACAGUUAAUCGACUGAAAGUGUUUCCUUCACCUCUGAUCUAGAAGUUCAACUCGUUAACAAGCAAUAAAAAGGAGCAGGUUUUUAGAGACUUAUCUUACAAGAUGUAUUUUAUAAAGAUUAAAGGAAAUACAUUAAAAUUAAGAACAUUCCAAACGAGAUCUUUGUCUGGCUGUUGCUUUGUUGUGCUGCUUUCCCUCUUCCCCAUGCCCCAACAAGGGGAAGGGCAGCAUUGCCCACCCCAGCAGUCCCCUUUGGGCUCCAUCCCUCCUUGUCCCCACCCCAGCAGGGGGCUCAUGGACCCAGCCCUUUGUUUGCAGCUGGACAGCCCCGAACGUCCGUAUUUCUCCUCAAGACCCCAGAGUGAAGCAGGAUGGCCCCAUUUGGGCACGUGGGCAGACUUGGCUGGGCCGGAAUCCUUACAACCUUGUGCUCUGAAGGCAAUUGGUGGGAUGCUUGCUGCCAACCCACGGGUAGAUGGCAAAGGGUUGGUGGCACAGGGAGGUGACUCUGUGAGGUGGGGUCUUUCAUUCCCCACUCAUCCAUAACCAGCCCAAACCCCCCCUCUCCUCCUCACCCCCAGCCCCUCCGGGCAGCACUGAUGCUUCCCCAUAACUCAGCUGGGGGUUGCUCAGCUGCUCCCCCAGCUCAGCAGUGGGGCUGCUUGUUGCAUCAAUAGGGCCCUUUGUUCCCCACGUUCCCAGAUGCCACCGACCUCCUCCCCCCACGCUGAAAGGGCCCCUGUGUGUGGGUGCCAUCGGCCGUCAGGCAGGAGCGAGAUGGGAACAAAACAGCAUCUCUGUCCAUUGAAAGAGAGCAGCGCUCCCCCCGGGAGGGGUGAGGGUUGGUGACAGUGCGUGAAAGUGGCCAAGGCAUGGAUCUGAGGGCUGAAGGACAUGCCUGGCCUCUUCUGUGUGCUGCUGCCCCAGUACGUGGUGAUGGAGGACCUGCUCUCACCGCCCCUUGCCUGGGCACGCUGAGUCCCCCGGGGUGGCUGAGAACAACCAGGGAACAAACCUUGCCUGGUAGCAAACCUCAUUUCUGCAAACAAGAGCUGGCUGCAAACGCUUUCCCCCAAUGCAGCAGCUGAGACGAGGCUGCAGUUUGCUCCCACAAAGGCUGCAGCAGAGCAAGAAGCCCUGGAGCAGAUCCCAAGGCUCCUCGCUGCUCACCUCCUCUGCAGGGGUGAAGCAAAUCCCAGCCCUCAGCAUCCUGCACCCGCCGAGCACAGAGCCAGCAGCUCCCUGCCGCGAGAGAGCAAAGACGAACCGGGUCCUUCCCCGUGCGAGGACAGAAGGAAGGGGAGCGCCGCACCCAGGGAUGCUCGUGUCGGGACGGCCCGGGGGGGUCCCCAGCCCUUUUCGGGAUCACUUCCGAGGGCUGAGCCCCACAGCCCGGCCCUGAGGAUGCCGGCUCCCAUCCGCAGCCCUCCGGCUCCUCCUGGCGGCCUCGCACCGCUUCUCGGCUCGAGUGCGACGGGCUGAUCCGGCGAGCAGAUAGCUGGAGGUGCUGCGGGCCAUCUGCCUUCCCAGAAGGUCUCACCUGCAGCCUCUCGGGCGCCCAGCUGCUUUCAAUCUGGUUUUGCACACCAUUUGGCUCUGCUAGCAAGAUAUCCGGGACCUGAGAAGCAAUAGCAUGCAGAAAGGAGCGGCAAUAGCACAAGCAGAUGCUGUGCUUGGCUGCCCACGAAGCUGGAGACCUGUGCUAAAUGUGGCCACGUGCCCCCCAAGGACCCCCUGAAGCCGUUGGGGAAGAGCUGCUCCACCAGCCCUGCGUUUUUAAGCCCUCCCUUUUUACCCAUCUUCAGGCACCGGCAGGAGAGCACAUCCCCAUCCACCUCAACUGCUCACAAAGAGCCACAGAGCCCUCUGCUGCUGCUCACAACUCUCAUAUCCUCGUGAGGACUUGAAAACUGAGAAGCAAGAAGACAUCAAAGGAAAAAAAAAGAAAGAAAAAAAAAAACCAACCACCAAUAAAUGAAAGGUUCUGUCAAUGGUAACAGUAGGCUGGGGCCCUGCAAACACAAGGAAAGCAUCACAGAACGAGCGCCCACCCUGCAAGGCAGCAGCAGGAACAGCCCCAUAUGCCCACGUGUUUCAGCAUCGUAUGGAAGUCGUGCCAGGCUGCAGCUCCCUGCAGCCUGAGGGGCUGCAUCCAACGGCACAGGAAGAAGGGGAAGGAAAGCACAGCUUGCUGCUGAGAGCCCAGGCUGACAAUUAAAACCUAGUGACAGGAGGAAGCGGUGUGAAAUGUUUCCAUUCCAGAAGUGUUUUCUGAUGUACUCCUGAAAAGACAAAACUCAUCAGUGGGCGCAGCUUGUAAAUAAGUUACACUCAACCAAUUCUCUGGAUGGAUGCACUCAGGAAUAACCUGAGUUUAAGUAAAAUGAUGUGAUCCCUUACUGGCUUCCCCCUGCCAGAAUUGGCCCUCAGAACUGAUCAACCAAGAACGCAGCACUUCCCAAACUCACUUGAAUACAUCCACGUUUUAUUUGCUUAAAUAAAGGUAGAAUCUCAGUGUUACAAUUCCAGUUUUGUAGCAAUAGCAACAACAGCAGCAGCAUGAGUGGACACAGGGAAAGGAGGGCUGUUGGUGCAGAACUUUGCAACAGAGAGUUCAAGAUUUGGGCUCCUUCAGGAAUUGUGCGUCCCUCAGAAUAAAUUGAACAGCUUCAAUAUAUUAUACUCCACCUCUGAAUGGAUUUUUAAAAACACAUAAGCCUAAUGCUUACGUUUGGCUGAGUUAAACUGAAGGAAAAUCUAGAUAGAGGCCUGCAGAGGUCAGACACUGCUAAAUAAAUAGACCUAAUUCCUAAACGUAUGCUGCACCCACGGAGGCAG